UUUGAGGUGUUAUUUUUUAGGUUUAAAUCUAAAGUAUUUUUUGCAAUAAUUUUAUUAGUGUUUUAAGAUACUUAUGAGCAUUAAAAUUAUUAAAUUGCUUGUCAAUUAAAAAAUGUGAUAUAACAUAUUCUCAGUUUAAGUUGUCCCAAGAUCUACAUGGUGUACACACAUUGGAAGUAAAAAUUUACAUAGAAAUUAUUAUGUUUCAAUACAGACAAGAUAUAAACUCUUUUACCUUUAUAUUUAAUAAGUGUAAUAUUGUCGUAAUUUUCACUUUCUUUGAAUCGUCCUGCAUUGAUCUUGACUAAGAUGAAGUCUUAUUGAAAGCUCUUAUGGAUAUUUUCUAAAGCGUACGCUUUGUUCGUCUAUUCGCUGUUACGACGGGAUAUCUUUAAACUGUUCCGCAUUGAUCUUGAGUAGGACGAGAUCUUAUUGAGGGCUCCUAUGAAUGUCCUCUAGAAAGUGCGCUUUGGUCGUCUAUGCGCUGUUACGAUCAAAUAUCUUUAAAUCGUCCUGCAUUGAUCUUGAAUAGGAUAAUGUCUUAUUGAGAGCUCCUAUGGAUUUUCUCUAAAUCGUGCGCUGUUACGACGGGAUAUCUUUAAACUGUCCUACAUUGAUUUUGAGUAAGACGAGAUCUUAUUGAGAGCUCCUAUGGAUGUUCUCUAGGAAGUGUGCUUUGGUCAUCUAUAUGCUGUUACGACAAGAUAUCUUUAAAUCGUCCUGCAUUGAUCUUGAAUAAAACGAGAUCUUACUGAAAGCUCCUAUGGAUGUCUUCUAGAGAGUGCGUUUUGCUCGUCUACGCGUUGUUACAACGGAAUAUCGUUAAACCAUCCUGCAUUGAUCUUGAAUAGGAUGAGGUUUUACUGAUAGCUUUAUGGACAACCACAAGACGUUUUAUCUUGCCAGGACAAAAAUGGGAUAAUAUCGAGAUGAUCAAUUUCUGUGUGGGAAGUAACACAUGUAACAUGUUACUUUAACUAUAAUAAUGUUAAUGUAACAUAUAUAACGUGUUACAAUAACAUAUUGUAUGUUAUGUAAUAUGAUAAUAAUAUUAUUUUACACGUUAUAUACAUUAAUUUAAUAUAUUAUAUAUGUUAAAUAAUAAUUAAUUUAGAAAUACUGAAAAAAAUUUUUUAAAUUGCAUAUAUAGAUUGUUCGUGGAUCAUCGCUAAAAAUUUGGUGUGUAUAUUAUUAGACUAAUUAGUCCAAUAUUAUAAUAUAUAAGAAUGCAAUCGUACUUGGUUUUCUGUUCUUGGCAAGCCGCUUUUAUUCACUCAAUGGGUGAAUCUUUUUCACGAGAAAUGCGCCAUCUUGGGGUAGAUAGUGAAGCCCCUAGAAAUAAAAUGGUUCUUGUUAAAACCUAAUUAUAGAGUGAACUCAACAUUUUUUUUCUGUCAAUUUUAACAGAUAAAUCCUAACGCUAAUAAUAAGGAACAUAUUUAUUGUGUAAAAUUAAAAGUACUUGUACGUUGUGUUACUUUUACACUUUUUUUUAGUUGUUCUAAUAAUUUAACACUUUAUUUAACACAGCAGCAACAUAUUAAAGUAACAAGCAAAUCUGUUAAAUUUUGAAAUAAAAAUUUUAAUUAGGAUAUUUUUUAACAAGAAAACACAAAAUUUUUUACUAUGUACAAUUUUAAAUAAUGCAAAUAAUAUUAAAAUAAUGCUGUAUUAAUAAAAACCGAUGAUAAGAGAUAUGUUGACACUUUCGGCGGUUCUAGUAGGGUAUACAACCUAAACAGUUUUAAUAGCAAAGAAAGUACAACAACAACAUAUAUUUUGCCUAUCAUAAAUGAAUCCGGUCUGGUCCGUUUCAGGAAACAUUAUCGAAGAGCUUCAGACUCCCUGGAUUGCCAGCACGUAAUGAGCAACGAUCCUAUUCCAGCCUGUCGCGUUCCCAACAACGCACCAUCGGUGCUUACGGCUCAAGGAUAGCGGGGACCGAUGGAGGAUCCGGCAUAAUUGUCGACAGCAUGGAAGGUUCAGGAAAUUCCGUGGAAGAGAGCCAAAGACAGCCCAUAAAUAAUCCAGAAAAUCUACCGGCGUCCACCAACGUUCAGGAUAUAACAAACGAACAAGCUCGAACAAACUCGGUGCAAAGUGGACACACUAAAGAAACGAAGAAUAACAACGACGUCUCGCCGACGAAAAAAAACUCUCGGUCGCUAAUCAGCGGACAUCGCAAGAAUCGAUCGCUUCGCAAAAAUCAGGAAACUUCGUGGACCAAGAGAACAAGGUACAAGAAUGUACAAAACGCAUCCAGCAUCGACAGUUCCGAAAAGAAAUGGUGGAGGUUCCUAAAGUGGUUGCCCGGUUUGAAGACUCUCAGGUUUCCCAGGGGUUCGACCGUGCCCGAAGAUCGCGUGUUCGACGAGACUGGGAAUCCCCGCGAAGAGCUGUCAAUGACGAUGUGGAACAUUCGCGAUAGCAACGAACAACGACCCGUGUAGAACAUAUUUGCGAGUGUUUUUGCGAUUUGAAAUAUUCGAGAAGACUGAUUUUUUUGUUGGUUUUUGCAUUUAUUGUAAUGACAAUGCAAAAUCUUAUUACUUAACGAUAUAGAGAUAAUAAUGACGGCGCUUGAUGUAUCCGAAAACGAAAUUAUUUAAGGGAUAUGUACACGAAAAAAUUUCAUAGAAUGAAAUAUUGUUGAAAUAAAUAAAACACAAGUAUAAAAAAGAAUAAAAUUUAAGCCUGCGCUUUAAGUGUGAUUCGCAUUUUAAGUAAAAAAAAUCAUGAUUUAAAAGUUAAACUGAAUUCCAUUUGAGUGAAAGAAUAUCCUUUUUUAGUAGAUCAGUGGUUUAACAUUAAACAUAAUUUAUUAUAACAAAUUUAAUUCUACGUUUUUGAACGAGAAAUUUUAUUAGUUAAAGUUAUUAUAAAGUCAACAUAAAGUAAUUCAUAAUUUAUUGUACAGCUUUAGGGCCCCCGCACAGAUUUUUGCAUAACGCAUAGUGCCUGACGCGUAAGAAAAUUAAUCAAUCAGUCAUCUAUUUUCCUUCCCAGGAUAGAAAUAAAGACCUCUGAUUGGUUAAUUCUCUUAUGCAUUAUACAUUUCAUGUUAUGCAGAAGUCAGUGAGAGGGCGCUUAAAGUGCGGUUGUUUUACUCUGGAACGGAAAAGACUGAUUCACUAUUUGCAGAAUAAAAUUCCUAUACAAUAUUCUCAAAAUACAUUUUAUUUACUUUUACUUUGAAAUCCUUUUUUAAGCGCUUUAAAAAAUUAUUUUAUUAAAAGAACAUAUGAAGAACUUGAUAAUGUUGUAUUUUUAGUUUAUUUUGUGUUUUAUUAUUUAUAAAAAAUAUUACUUCCCCCAUCUGAUGGCAGCGUACUGUUAGCUGGGUUGUUUUAAUAUAAUAAUACGUACUACUACUGUAAAGUGGAUUGUUGCGCGACUUCUUGCUUUACUCUGAACUAGAGCUAGUGAGAUAGAACUGAUACUGCAUAGGGCCGCGUUACGUAAACUUCUUUAAAAAUCUGAAUUCACUUUUAGCUAAAUUCAUUCAAAUUAAAAUAAUAAUUUCUUUUUUAAAGUAAUUAUCGCAAUUACUCUAGAAUAUUAGUAAUUAAAUUAUUUUGACUAGACCAUUCUUAAGACCAAUCUUUUUCAAGAUCGUCUUAAAUACAAUCUCAAAAUGUUAAUACGCCUCUGUGAUUGAUUCAUGAUGUCUUAACCUAUUAAGACCUAAGCGGACAGUUUUCUGUAACUUUUUUCAAAUAAUUUGUUGAAAUUUAUUUUAUGGGGGUUUUUGGGUUUGAAUAUUUUGAUGCUAUCUUGGGUUCGAAUAUUUUGAUGUCAAAUUCAUAAUUAGCGACUCCCCACAUAAUAAUUUUCAGUAAAUUUGAUUGACUUCAAACAUUUUCAACCGCCAUAUUAGAUUUGCCAUCUUGAAUUUGACAUGUCUGAUAACGGAAUCACAAUCAGUGACCCAAAAAACUUCUAAAAAACAAUUUGGAUGAUGAAGCGAUUGAAAGAAAUAUUUACAUUAUGGAGAUCAAAGAUUUCAUAGUUUUUCCCUCUUCUAACCGCCAUAUUGAAUGUUGCCAUCUUGAAUUAAAAUAUACACGUCCAUUUGAAAGUCCAUGGUCUAUGGCCGCAAGAUUUUCACUUCUAAAGGUGCAAUUUCAUGCAAGCGAAGAAAAGCUGGCGUUUACCAUCUCUUCUUCGAUUUUCGACAAUAUGACUGUAUCAGCAACAACACGUUGCGCGUUGAAAGUUCGACGUAGGCUACGGUCCACUUGACGCUACAAAGGUUUCGAAGCAUUCUUUGAUGAUUGGUCAAUUUGUAAAAAUCUUUGUUUCGAUUGGUCAAUCAAACGCUUCAAAGCAUUUGUAGCGUCAAGUAGACCGCAGCCUUAAUCCAACUAUCAGCUAAGCACGCCAAACAUAUAAGCGAUAUAAAAUUAACGUCAUGAUGGAACGGGUAAAAUAAUAAAAUAUAUUUUGAAUAAAAUAAAAAUGGAAAAAUGUUAAUUUUUAAUAGAAUAUAAAAAUAUUGAAACAAAAUUGACAUAUGUCAUAGUAUAUACAUGAUAACAAAAUAUAUGUAUAGGUUAGAUUGAUUUCUUAUUUAUAUUUAGAAUGAUUUAUUUAAUAGUGUUCUUUUGUAUUUCUUGUAAGAAACUUUAUAAAUGUCGUACACCUGCGGUGUGUGCAAAACAAUUUGUAAUGAACAAGAAAUGUCUUUCCAUUUAUGUGUAGAGGGUUACAAUUACUGGCAAAUAGAUAAAAAUUCAUAUUUUUAUCAUAUUUAUAUUUUCAUCAUAUUUUUUUAUUUAUAUUUUAUACUUUUUUUUGUUGUAUUAAAUGCAUAGUUGCAAUUACGGCAGCUGCACGUCGUCUUCUAAUCUCUGCUCCAACUGUAGCUCUUACGUAUUCCUUCAUAUUUUCGAAACUGUUUCAAAUUUAAGCCAACGAAGAAACGCUCCAUGAAAAAGUAGGAGGCGAUAGUUUUUAGUAUUUCAAUGCUAAAAUUUCGUUGCGAUGGAGUGGGGGUAAACGCCAGCUUUUCUUCGCUCGCAUGAAAUUGCAUCUUAAGAGAUAUGUCCAUCCGUUUUCCAUGUGUAAAUAUUAAUUGAAAAAAAAAAUUUAGUGAAAAAUCAAUUUUUUUUUGCAAAUAAAUUAACAUAAUUUGUCCAAAUCGCAUUAAAAAAAAUUCUGACUACGGAUAUUAAAAGUUCAGAAAAUUUUACAUAAGAAAAAGUUGGUGUAAAAUUUUUUGAGGAUUAGAUUCAUAGUAUAAAAUAUCUGAAAAGGUUACAGCUGAAAAAGGUUACAGAAAACUGUCCACUUGGGCCUUAAUGGGUUAAGGCUGCGUUCCGAAAUUUACUGCCAGUACUGAAAAUGUAUAGUACAUGUAACACGAACUAUAGAGUUUCAUUACUGGCAGUGAAUUUCGGAACGCAGCCUGAGAUUGUAUUUAAAAUGAGAUUGUAUUUAAUGUCUUAAGAUGCUAAUAUGGCUCUGUGAUUGGCUGAUGGCAUUUUAAGACGGUACUUAAGACGAUCUCAAAUAUAAGACCCGACUAUGAAUACUGGCCUAAGACGACUUAGUUUGUUUUUAAAUAUAAAGACACAUUAUGAAUACUAGCCUAUGAGUUUAGAGAGACAGAACAAGAAGUGAUAUAACUUUAUAAAUUUUUUUCUAGAAAAAAAAA